AUGUCGCCACGGCCGGCCCGGACGGAACAUCAUUUAAACGUCGACAAGCCCAGCAUCCGAGCUUCGCCUCUUCCGCUUCACACCAAACCCCUCUUCCAACGAGAGGUUCGAGCACAGCCCAGCAUGGCACUCCCCAAAGUCCCGACCGCGACCGGCUUGCUGCGGCACAGCACACGCCCGGCGGCCUCGCGGGCCAGCCUGCCUCAGCUUCGACGCAAGGUGACACGAGGUGACGGCGAUCUCGGCGGCCCGGGCGGACAGCAGCCCCCGCCGCCCAAUCCAGGCGGUCCCGAAGCCGUCAAGAGAAACUGGGUGCCCAUCGGCGGCGCGGCUCUCGCUGCUGUCGCAGCGUACGCGUAUCUCACCACCCCCAAGGUGGAUGUGGACAGGGCCAAGCAGACAGACGCCAGGAACCCGAGCCAGGCGGAAUUGCGCGACCUGGCGGCCGGUAGCCAGGCGGCGGAGGAGGUUGUCCAGCAAGUUGCCGACCAGGCGACCAAGACGAUGAAGGAGAUGAGCGGCAGACGCAAGACGGACCAGGGCAGUUUCCGACACGAUUGA